ACUCUAUGAACUAGAAUCAGGAGCAUUUACAGAUGUAGCUUAUCAAGCAUGGAAAACAGAAGAAGAGGCUAAAAUUAAAUUGAAUCAAUUAAAACAAAUGGAACAUAAUCGUCUGAAUACAAUGAUAAGUCAUGAAGGAGCUUCAUCAAUUGCUAAAUAUAAUCUUUAUUGUAAACGACGUAGUAAUGUUAAUCAACUGAAAAGUGAAAAAAAUCAAAAGUUAAUGGAAUUAAUGAAUAAAAAGAAGCAACAACAGGCUACAAUCAAUGAAUUAGCUAAAGAGAUUUCUACUUCACAUAGAAAUGCUAAAAUUGCCAAAAAGAAAGUGAUAAAAGAAAAACAUAAAUUAGGUUUGUUUCUAGACAUUUUUCUUCUCUUUUCCUUUCAAUUAUGUUCAUACAACCUGAUGAAGUAUAAUACAUGUUAGUUUAUAAGAUGUUAUGCAGGUGCAAGUCAUAUAAUAUUGAGGAAAGUUUUUCAUAACUAUAGCAUAAAUGAUAAAUUGAACUUGAAUACGAAUUUCAUUGCUUGUGUCUAACAGAAGAAUCCAGCACGUGCAUUUCGUCCCUUUUUGUUGUAAGGCCUC